GCGACGAAGCGUCUGGAACCGCAUCCUUCCUCCGCAUCCUUGUCCUGCCGCCGCAUCCUGCGCAGCUGCCCCUUGGAGCCGCCUGACAAGGAGUGCCGUCCACCAUGGUGAAGCUGAACUGCAGCUUCUCCGGAAAGACAGGCUCUGGGGAUGGGGGUACCAUGGACAGCGUCCCUCUGAUCAGCCCCCUGGAUGUCAGCCAGCUCCAGCCAUCGUUUGCUGACCAGGUGGUCAUUAAGACACAGACGGAAUACCAGCUGUCCUCUGGGGACCCGUCGACAAAGUUCUCCGACCUGGAGGGCCAGAAGCUGAGCGGUGGCCCGGAGGAUGUGCGCAGCAGGAUGCCCACGGGCCGGAUGAUCGCCUUCACCAUGGCGCUCAUGGGCUGCCUCCUGAUCAUGUACAAGGCCAUCUGGUACGACCAGUUCAGCUGCCCCGACGGCUUCCUGCUUCGGCACAAGAUCUGCACCCCGCUGACCCUGGAGAUGUACUACACCGAGCUAGACCCCGAGCACCACCGCAGCCUCCUGGCGGCCAUCGGCGCCUACCCGGUGGGCCGCAAGCACGGCACGGAGACGCCCUGGCUGUCCGCGAGCUACCACGCCUUCAAGGAGGCGCCCCGGAAGGCGUCCAGGGCGCAAGCCCGCGCGGCGGCCGCGGCGGCGGUCACCGAGCCCUCCAGGAAGCCCACCGGGAAGCCCUCCGGGAAGCCUCCCGGGGACGCCGCGCUGCGGGGAGAGAAGGAGGCUGCGCAGAAGGUGGCGGGGAGCACGCCGCCCCCAGCCCCUCAGUGAGGGCCUCUGAGUCGCAGCCCCUCCGGCGCCCCACGCCGCGCGCACCUGUGGCCGCCCUCGCCCGAAGCCGCCCCCGCUGUGGUCGCUGUGGUCGUGCCCCUGCUCCCAGGCCCCCACUUGCUGCCGCCCUUCGUGCCCCUUGUGAGCCUCUAGCUCUGUCGCCUUUCUCUGAGUAAAGAUUCACAUCCACCUGGUCCCCUGAGCAUCCUCCGUCCUCGGCCUUUUUCCUGCCGCCCCCCCCCCCCACUUCGGGCGCGCUCCCGCUUUGUGGCCCGCACCCCAUUUGGGCGCCCUCCUUCCUCGUGUCCCCUUAACCCCGGCUUUUCUUUAGAAAAAAAGUUUUAAAGCUCAACUUAAAAACAUGUAUUAAUCUAGUAA